ACGAAAGGAAAACAGAGGGGAGAGAGAGAGGGGUUGCUUCGUCCUUGCUCUCCCAGUCUGGUCUUUCCAGGGUUUCCGACGGGAGAGAGGAAAACAGAGACCUUUUUUUUGACUCUCUUUCUCCCUUAUCUUUUCUCCUCCGAUCUCUUUUUCUCUCGCUUCUCCUUGUUCCCCUCUCUCAAUCUUCUUGGGGAUUUCGAUCUGGUGUUGGGAUUCUGAGACGGAAGGCAAGAGGGGGGAUGAAGUCGCCUCUGAAGAACCUCCGAGGCUUCACGCUCCACCGGCGCGAUGCCAAGGAGAAGAGGGAGCACCGUCACCCUCUGGCAAAGCUGGAUGAGCUCGUCGAGGCCGCUCAGGACGUGCAGGACAUGAGGAGCUGCUAUGACGGCUUACUUUCUGCAGCAGCUGCCACUGCAAAUGGUGCAUAUGAGUUCUCAGAAGCAUUGCAGGAAAUGGGCACAUGUUUGCUUGAAAAAACUGCACUAAAUGAUGAUGAGGAUAGUGGCAGGGUUUUGUUGAUGCUGGGGAAAGCACAAUUUGCGCUUCAGAAACUUGUAGAUAGCUAUCGUGCCCAUAUCAUCCAGACAAUUACAAAACCAUCUGAGUCUCUUCUCAAGGAGCUUCAAACUGUGGAGGAGAUGAAACGGCAAUGUGAUGAUAAAAGAGAGAUCUAUAAAUUAAUGCUGGCGGCACAUCAAGAAAAAGGGAGGUCGAGACGUGCCAAAGGUGAAACUUACUUAACACAACAGUUGCUAGCAGCUCGAGAUGAUUAUGUAGAGGAGGCAGCCCUAUUUGCCUUCCGCUUGAAAUCAUUGAAGCAAGGUCAAUCUCGAAGCCUUCUAACACAGGCUGCUCGCCAUCAUGCCGCACAGUUAAAUUUCUUCAGAAAAGGACUUAAAUACCUUGAACUGGUUGAACCACAUGUUAUAGAAGCUGCUGAACAACAGCAUAUUGAUUAUCAUUUCAGUGAACUUGAUGAUGAAACAGACAACAAUGAUGAUGAUUAUUCUGGUUACGAUAGCAGUGAUGAUGGGGAGUUGAGUUUUGGCUACGGACAAAAUGACCAAUAUCAAGAUGUUGUUUUUGCAAGUAGAAAUUCAACAGAGGAAAAUUUAGAUAGGAAUCAAGAUGAUUUCUUCACUUUCAGUAGGUGGCCUGGGGCUGGCAGCCAAUCAGCACCAAUUUUUGCGGAUAAGAAGUUUGAUCCAUCUGAUAAGAUGAAAGAAACCCAACCUCUAUCAACAAGAAAGUUUCACAGUUAUGUUCUACCCACACCUUGUGAAGAUAAGGACUCAGACACCAUGGGGCCUGCGAAUAAAUUUUCUGCAGAUCAUCUAGAAAGCAAGGGUGGCUGGCCCACACAGCUGUGGCAUUCAUCUCCACUGGUGGCAAAUAAGUUUGGGAAAGAUCUCAGAGAUAAUGAAUUAUCAAGCUCUUCCAGGGUAAAGGAAACACAGUCAGUACUCAAGGAAAGCAACAUUAAUAGUGGUCCCAUCCGCAUGCCUUCUCCCUCAGCAGACGGGCUUCCAUGGCUGCAAUUUGGCCUGUGCGGUGUUUCUGAUACUAAAAAAGUCAAAAGACAGGCAUUUUCUGGUCCACUGCCAGGUAAAGCAUGGUCAAGCAAGGCAAUGUUUUCUGCCACUGAUUACAGAUCCUCUGUGAAUUAUUCUCCUAUAUUUUCUGCAAAGUCAGCAUCUGUCCUCACAAAGCAGCCAGCGGUGUCCUCAAAAGUGUCUCCUGGCACCUCACCUCCUCCUAUGUCAUCACCAAAAAUUAGGGAACUUCAUGAGCUUCCUAGACCUCCCACCCUAGCAAAUGCUGCAAGACCUUCCAGGCUGAUCGGUUAUUCUGGUCCUUUAAUUUCUAGGAGUCAAGUGCGUGUGGCAACAAGCAGAAUUCCAUCAAAUGCAUCACCUACUGCAUCACCACUACCAGCACCACCUGGUCCAAUGUCUCGCAGUUUUUCUAUUCCGUCUGGUGGUCAUAGAAAGCCAAUUUUACCAGUUACUAAGUUAUUAGAAGCUCCUCAUAAUCCAGAUUUGACUGAAGAGGUCACUUCACCUCCCCUGACACCUAUAUCUCUAACAAAUAUUCAUCCAGCAUCAGAGGCUUCAAAGCCUGAUACUCGAGCUAUGAAAACAUAAGGAUUCUUGUGAUUAAUUUCACCUUGCUUUGGCUGUCCAGAGCUGGUCAACUUGGUCGGCUGUCAUCCUGCGAUUUUGCAUAUAAUAGCAUGUACAUUCCUAGUUUCUCACAUGAAUCUCAUUUUUUUUGGUACCUAUAAUGAUGGGAGAAAAUUGUAAGUGCGAAAUAAUGAAUCUUUUGUAUUCUAUGAUUCAUUAAUGGAAAAAUUUAAUUUUGUUAAACAAGCAUCAAAGCAUUUUUUUCUUUUUUUUUCUUUUUUUUUUCCAAGUUUCGUUCUUUCUUGAGUUUGGUGAUGUUUAUGUGGAAAUUCCCUAAGACUGAUGUGGAUCUCACAUUUGUGUCAGUGCUCUGAGGUUUAAAGAUCAUUGAAGUUGUGGAUCUUUCUUUUCAGGGAACCAUUAAUAAGGAGUCGACAGAUCUAGAUCUAACGACCGGUUAUGAGGACAACUUUUAAAAUUUUGUGAAUGAAUUGAGUGCUGAAAAAUCUCAUUCUCAACUUAAGUUGGAUUCCAUCUUAUGAUCAGUUAAAUUUGGUCCUCACACACUGACAUGCCAAUAGCAUUCAGUUAAUUUACUUAUGUCUGCUUUUGAUUAAUGAUGUAUUUUGCUAUGGGAAAUAAAUCAUAUUGAAACGGCUUCAAACUACCCUUUUCCUAUAUUGUUUAUUAAAAUAGCUGCAUUCAAUUCCAGUUCUGAUUCACAUGUUGCUGCCAAGAAGCUUAAUACACCUAUAUAUAAUGUGAAGGAAGUAAUAAGUAAUAACCCUUAGCCACAAGCCAUCAAAUAGAUUAGUAGCAAUUUUGAGUUUCUGGCAGAUGCAUGUAUGCAAUCUACUAUUAUUGUCUCUAAUAUUACUUUAUUUAGUGUUAAAAAAGGUAAUGUCCCUUAGCCCUGAGCUCUCAAAUAAAUUGGUAGCAACUUUUAGAUUUCUUCAGAUGCCUUAGACAUGCAAUCUCAGAUUGACUUCCUGCAAGGUGUAUCCUGCUAGUAUUUUGGAUCAACACUCAGUAAUUACUUAGAACACAAUCUCUAUGAUCUCCAAUCCUUGAGUAAAUAACUUAUUGGUGUGCAUGCAGGAAAAAUUCUCCGAAGAGCCUACUGGUAUCCUAUUUGGUUGCCAAAUCUUGCUCCUCUUCAUCCCCUAUAAAAUUUCUUCACAUCAGCUAAUUGUCUGUUUCAGCCUAAUUUAAGUGAACCUUUUCUAUCUCUAGUCCUGGGACCCUUCCCAAUAAUGUGACAUAUUAAUGAGUAUUUAAUUCAUUAAUGCAACAGCACCUGCUUAAUUCUGUUAAGGUUUAAACUGGAGUGUUUUCUCCUCUCUCAUUGUCAUAAUAUUGUCGUUGUUAUCGAUCUAAUACCCUGCAUAGAAGAACUUUAUUGCAACUAAAAAUUUAUUCAAAUAAAUUAUAGGAUUUAUGAUUCCAUUCCUUUUCAUUCUCUCAUGGGCCUUUGCCAUUUAUUGAAACUGUAAAAGAACAUUGCAGAUACUUUAUCUAACAAGAUUCUUUUCUACAGGGAAAAUUCACUUUUUUCCUCUUAUUACAAAUGGCUUUGAGAAACAAAGGCAUAAAAGCUACUUAAAAUUUUAUGUGUUUUUUUUCCCCUGUCAACCUCAUUUAACCCCUUGCAAAAAUGCAUGUUUUUCGCAUAUCCUGCUUGGGUUACAAAUUAUUUCUUAUGUCGAGAAAUUUGCUACCCCUUCAUCAGUACGAAUGCUUCUACAAAAAUGAGUCACUAAAGAUUUUACUAUUGUUUUCCUGAGGAUAUUUAAUAUGCAGUGUGAUAAGCCACGUAGGUCUGAGAGGGCGCCAAAGCCGAAUCCCAAGUAUGGGGGAGGAAGAUCAGGUAUAAGAACAGGGCAGGCGUAAAUGUUGAACCCAUGCAUGCUUGAACGUUGGAACCGGAGCAGCUAGGCAGCAAUUCCAAACGGCUAUGAGAGGCUUUACUACGUCAACUAGUUGUUGGAAUAGUUUUAGGCAUAUGUUUUUUUUCCAUUCUAUUUUAUGGUUGAGUUGAUUUCUGUUAUUUUCUUAGCCAUUGUAUUAGAACCUCUAUUUUCGGCUGUAUAUCCAAAUAGUUGGUUGAAGUUAAUGUAUUAAUAAGCUCUGGACAUGAAUAAACAAAAGAAAGGAGAAUUUCUAUCCUA